UCUCAGCACCAGGCGGAGCAGCGAGAAAGAACGCACGGUGACGGCGCGCCGCCAUGCGAGUGUUCUACAGUCGGACAUACUCCACUCCCUGUCCAUGCUGUAGAGGUGUGUGCCGAGAGACCCCAGCAUGCGUGAAUAUAAGCUUGUGGUCUUGGGCUCGGGAGGUGUGGGGAAAUCUGCACUGACAGUGCAGUUUGUUCAGGGAAUAUUUGUGGAAAAAUAUGACCCCACAAUAGAAGACUCGUACAGGAAGCAAGUAGAAGUGGAUGGGCAGCAAUGCAUGCUAGAAAUCCUUGACACAGCAGGCACAGAGCAGUUUACAGCGAUGAGGGAUCUGUAUAUGAAGAACGGACAGGGCUUCGCUCUGGUCUACUCCAUCACAGCACAGUCCACCUUUAAUGACCUUCAAGACCUGAGAGAGCAGAUCUUAAGAGUCAAAGACACAGAGGAUGUGCCAAUGAUUCUGGUGGGGAAUAAAUGUGAUCUGGAGGAUGAGAGAGUUGUAGGGAAGGAGCAAGGCCAGAAUCUUGCUCGCCAGUGGAAUAACUGUGCCUUCCUAGAAUCCUCUGCCAAAUCGAAGAUCAAUGUCAAUGAGAUCUUCUAUGACCUGGUCAGACAGAUUAAUAGAAAAACGCCGGUGGAAAAGAAGAAAACCAAAAAGAAGUCUAAUUGCACACUGCUCUAAAAUGCACAUACAUGCCUUCCCCAGCAGCAGUUCUGAGCCAGAAUGCUGAGAUGAAGACCUGUUGCCCUACUGGCCAGCAUUCCAGCCCCAUUCAGUAGUUAUUGGAAACAAUGUCGGCAAAGGCAGAACAUGAUUUGAAGACUCGCUCCACAGUUUACAGAAAGGAGUGAAGAGAAGUUUACCUUCUCACGCAUUCUACAUUUCUGCUUUUCCUUCCCAAACAACUUUUUCCCUGUUCCCCAAACCCCUGCCCCUCAGACAUGAUAAAAUGGAAGGGAAUGGUCUUUCUUGGGCGCUUGGUUUUUUGCAGUUGCCAUUUUUAAAGAAGGACUAUAGGAACCGGACUCUUAUGGAUUCAUUUGGGGGAAAGUGGGUAACAUGCUGUUCAUUAAUACCUUUUCAGAAGCAUGACCACGUUUUUAAAAAAAAAAAAAAAAAAUCAUGUUAAUGUUUGCAAAAGCUUAAUCAUGUACUAGACUUUGUUUUUAUCCCCCAUCUUCAUGACCAAGCGCCCUUCUUCUUGCUAAUAUACACUCCAGAAGUACAUCUGGGGCUAUACAUACUUCUCCGGACCAGCUUAUCCAGUGACCUGUUUUUGCCCGCAUUACUUUUUGUAGUUGAACUCUCAAAGUUUCUCAUAUUUCUCACAAUUUAUUAAAAAAUAAAACCCCUGCAUAGAGAGGUUUUGGAAAAUGGUUCUGGUUCUGAAGAUUUGUUCUUUUUAUUAAGAUAUGGGCAGAAAUAACAAAUGGGUUUCUUUUGUCUCAUGCUGAAAAAUAUAUUGUACUAAAACCAACUCUAAUUCCUUUUGUGUUUGUCCCGUCAUUGCUCAAAGUGGUAAUUUUUCAGCUUUUAUGAACAAUUAAAUUUUAGUACAUUUUCAUUAAGUUUUUGGUCUUUUGUAUUUUGUUUAAACAAUUUUUUUUUCUUGGAUUUUCAUGAUCUAUUUUGUGCCUCUGUAGGAGAAGAAUGAAAAUCAGUUUAUAACAGUGUCGCCUUCUCCAUUUAUAAUCAGUGAAUAGCUCUGCAUUGUCCAGAACUAAAUAACCAUACAGAAGAAAGAAUAUUUUCACCUACGUUUGAUUUGACUAUUUCCUUCUUGAUUUUCUCCAUAUUGUUAUAGUGAUGCUUUUAAAUUUAUUUUAAGAUUUUCUUUUAACCUUAAUCAUUUAUGCUCCCCCCCCCCCCCCCCCCAAAUGUAUUUCAUAUUGUGUAUACAUCUUUAGGUUUGUAGAUCCCACCACCAAAUGUUCUGUUAUGUGAAGUACCAUUAAAAAAAAAUUCUCAAGUCAGUAACACAUUUA